UGUGAAACCGCCUUUAAAGUGAUGCAUCAUGCGUAGUGCGUUGUGCUAAUAGAUAAAGAAUUAAGAGAAAAAAGAUACAUUUGUGCAUUGUAUGUGUACCAUAUUUCUGUUUAAUUUGUACACAGUACACACUAUUAUAAUCAUUUUAUUAGUUAAAAUUGUUGAUAAUUUGAUAUUUGAUUUUUUUUAAGUUUAAACCUUUGUACCGAUCCAACUAUGGAAUUGUAAGUGUUAUUUAUUAUUUAACUAUUCAAAUUAGUAUUACUUAAAUUAUAAAAAUUGUUUAAGGGCUAGGCACACAAUUUAUGAAAACAUUGAUAGUCCUUCUAUAUCAAAUAACAUUCAUAAUACUAAAUGAAUUAUUGGUUGUGUAAACACAAGAAGUUUGAUUUUCAAUUUGUAUAAAAAUAAAGUAGAUAAUGACACUCCUUUCAGAUAAAGUUUUUAAAAAAGAUGCAAUUGUAUGCGCUGAUUUUAUGUAAUUAUUUUUCUAUACUCUUAUUUCAAAUUCUUUGAUUUAUUUUUAUCUGCAUAUAUUAAUUAUAACUAAUAAUUAAUAUUGCAUAAAAAACCACAGUCUGUGCAGGUACAUUUACAGGAAAAAAUAUUAUAAGUUAAAUGUAUGUUUUAGGUAGGUAUGUUCCCAAAAGCAAUCAUUUAAAACUUAUAUUACUUUAAUUUAAAAUGCCGAAAACUGUUUCAAAUAAUUUAUAGUUAAAAAACCAAAAGAAAGUUGUGUAUGAAUUUACAUAAUAAUAUAUUAAUUAAAGAAAAUUAAAAUAUUGAAUUAUUAGCACAUUCGUUAAUUUUUGUUUUUAUGUUAACUUGUCUUCUUAAAGAAGUGUCAUUGGGCACUCUCUUCACUCACGCCAUUAUGGCUUGUUCAUAAUUUUAUAUAUUAAAAUUGCUUAUUGUAAAAAAACAGAUUACAGAUUGUAUAUUUAUCUUUUAAUAAAUAACUUGUUUUCAGAACCCUGAUAUACUUUGAAAUUCUAAAUGUCAAAAUAAAAAUACUGCAGGUUUACUUAUGUAGAUGUUAGUAAUUGUAAGCCAUAAAAUAAAUUGAAAUGAAAUAUCUGCUCACAGUUUUUGAUUUCAAAUAUCAGAUCAUUUAUCAGUUAUAUAUUUAUAGUAAAUAUUUCAAUAUUUGAUAUAGGAAAACAGUCAUAUCGGCUCACUACUAAAAAUUGUAUUUAUUUAUAUGGGGUAACCCUAGAAGAUUCGAUAAACGAAAUAACUUUAGUUCUGUACAAUAUAUAAACACUAUUAUUUUUUAUAAGUUAUUAUUUCUAACUAAAGCCCUGUAUUAUGAUUUCAUUUUUUAUUUCUUAUUUAAACUAAAAUUAGAAAAUAAAAUUAUUUAUAAAAUGGCUAGGUAUCUUAAAUUUUGUAAAAACAGUUUUCUAUUUUUAGUUUAAAUAAAAAAUUAAAAAAUAGAAUCAUUUCAUAAGCAUUUUGUAAUGAUUACAAUAAAAUUAAAAAUUUUAAACAAAAAGGCUUUUGUCAAAUAUUUGUGAAAUACAACUCAUGCACCUAUUUGUUUAACAUUGUAUUAUUUAUCAUAGAAAUAAUUUUUCCAAGGACUCUACACUUGUACUUUGCAAAUUUAAUAAACAUCAUAAAAUGUUACCCAAAAAAUUGGAGUUGCACUUGUUAAGAUGUCCUGACAGACCAAAACAUUAUAGCAAUUGUUUUUAUAACAAUUUGCAUAUGAUGCCAAAUUCUGAGUUGGAAGUAAGAGAUCAAUCAAUAUUAUUUUUUUUUAUUGUAUAAUAUUAUUUUUAAACUUAUAUUUUAGAAACACUAUGAGACUUGCCCAAAUAAAAUUCUAUUGGAUGAGUAUUUAGUUAAAUCUAAAAAUGUAGUACGUCCAAACAUUCCUAUAACUGCUGAACCCCCCCCUAGAGGGGAUGAAGAGGAAUCAUGGGAUCAAGUACGCAUUGAUAACAAAUUUAGUAAUAGAUAUAAUUGGCUUAAAUUAUUCUAUAAUCAAUGAAUAAGCCUUUUCUAAAAUUUACAUUUCACAUUAUACCCUGUUUCAAAAGAGUAAAAAUUUGCGACCAAUUUUCAUUUGGUCGCGAAAGAGGUAUAUUCUCUUUUGAAACAGGAUAUAGGUAUAAAUUGAUAUUAAGCAUAUAUUUUAAGUACACUAAAUGUCCAUAUUUCUUUUAAUUUUUAGCCAAAUGAAAAUAAAACUAACGUGUUAGAAACAAUAAAACAAAUUCCGAAUUUUAUGAAACCCAUAGUUGGUCUUACUAAGUCUCAGCGUAAAAAAUACCGCCAACAAGCACAUCAGAAUUUCAGUAAUGUUGAUUUAUCUUUUAAUCCAGAUGUAACUAUAAAUGAAGUAAGUAUACACCCUCAAAUAUUAUGCUAACUUUUUGAUUAUCCAAAUACUUUAAACCUCUAUUUAGUAUAUAUAAGGGUUUGCGGUUAAUCAGAAUAUGGUCAAUUGUUAAAUAAAUGUAUCUACCUAAAGGUACAGCCCCACUGAGAGCGAUUUGCGAUUUUGCAAUAGCGUGUUGCGAUUUUAGGUUUUAGCAAUUUUAACAAUAUUAUGUAAUUCAUAUAUAGUGGCCUCACUGAGCGCGUGUAGCGCUACACACCCGAUAAACACUGAAAGAACAAUAUAGUUUGAUAUUUAGCGAUUAAUCACUGUAAAAAUGUCUUCCGUGACAGUUGUCAGAAAAAAUAGCUGCUGCUGUAUAUCUACAGGAAGCUAUUAGGAAUCCGAGGCAUCCGGACCAUAAAAAUGGGACAAAAAUCCAUUCAUGCAACAGUACUCAAAAGACUUGACUGGAUAUUUUUUUAAUUUAUUAAACAACAUGUGAAAUUUUCCUUCAGAUAGCCUAUGUCAAUUUAAUUCAUGGAUCCAUGUUCAUGAACAAUUCUUAAACAAAUUUAAUUUUACAUCAAUUAAAGCAGCACUUUCAGCCAACAACAUUUUUCUGGACAUCAUCUUGGAGGUUGUCAUCAAAUGAAAAAUAAAAUGAUCAUACUCAAAGAAAAAACGUAAAAUCGCUCAAGUGGGGCCAUCAAAAUCGCUAGUGGACAUCGCUUGUGUAAAAUCACAGAAACACUCAAAACACAAAAUCGCCCUCAGUGUGGCCGUACCCUAAUUAUAUUAUAAAUUAUAUUAUUUAUGUUAUUUUAUUUUUUAUUUUUUCAAAAUAUUAAAUAUUAAAAUAUUUUAUAAUUGAUACCUACUUAAAGUUGAAAAGUUAAAAUAAAUGGAUAUUUUAUAAUUUAAUAUAUCUACAAUAUUAGAUUUUAGUAAAGAACUUUAGAUUUAAGAUUAUAAUUAUUUUCAAAUAUUGAUUUUUUUAAUUAAUAGAUUUAAAUUUGAAUUUUAAGAUUAAUUAACAAAUCAAACCUGGCAAUUGACCAAAAUAAUUUGAUUGGUCACUAACCCAACUCUAAUGUGGAAUGAUUUAUUAUUUUUGUAAUUAACUUUUAAACUAUUGUUUUAGAGAAUAAUAAGAGAAGCUUCAGGCAGUGGCUCAAAAGUAUGUAUUUCUUAAAACUAUAUUAUAUUUAUGUAUGUUAAUAUAAAAUAAUUUUAUUAAAAAUAAAACACCUUAUUUCAAAAAUUCAGUUAUUCAUUUUUAUUUCAACUUUUUUAGUUUUUACUAUUUAGUUAAUCUUAUAAAAACCUCAUAAUGAAAUUUAUGAUAAUUUAAAUUGUUUUCAUUACCACUACUAAAUAAUAUCCAGAGAUUCACUAAUUUUUUUAUGAAAAAAAAUUGUACAAUAAUUUUUGUAACUUUGAAAAAUUGUUGAAACUUAUUAGUCCAUCAUUUGUCCCCACCCCCAAAUUAAAAUCCUUUGCCAUUUGCUAUUGAUUUACCAAAUAGAACUCUUUUUUUAUUUUGUUAAGUGGUCUUUGUACAUCAUUAUUUGUGUAUAUAAUUUGUGUAAAACCAUUACCAAUAAUUUAAAGUGUUAUACAUAAUAAUUGUUGAAAAAUAAUAUAUAUAUAUAUAUUGUGUUGUUAUAGAUGGAGUAAAAAAGGACAGAUUUUUUUUUAUUAUUAUUAUAAAGUAUGUUUUAUAUUAUAUUCAUAAUUCUAUAAUUACAUUGAUUACAAAUAUUUUUUUAUUUUUUAUUUUAUAUUAUAUUAUAAUUUUUCAAUAAAAAGGUCA